UAUAAUCUUAUUAUUGCUUUGUUCAUCUUUUUUUUUUUUGGGGGAACAAUGCUUUCUUCUGGGAUUUGGGAAUAAGGGGUUCUAGAAUUAAGUUUGGAGGAAAAUUGGGUCAUCGGUGAAAAGUCAGUAGAAAAAUGGGGGCAUAAGUAUAAUUUAGGAAACUGAGGGGGUUCUAGAAUCAAGUUUGGAGGAAAAUUGGGUCAUCGGUGAAAAGUCAGUAGAAGGAUGGGGCAGAAGUAUAAUUUAGGAAACCGAGGGGGGCCUAGAGUAAAUUUUGGGAGAUCUGAAAAUUUUGAAUCCCCCGCUCACACGGUUGGAUUCAAAUUUCGAAAAUUUUGAAUCGCCCGCCCAAAAUUUGAAUCCCCACCGUUGUUUUCAAAUUUCAAAAUUUGAAAUUUAAGCAAACCCUAGACUCCACUCCACUCCUCCCCUAUAUAAACAGGGGUUACCUUGAGGUGAUUUCUAUCCACAAUUCCUCCCCUAUAGGAACCCUAAACUACUUACUCCCAGAUCUAGAAACAGAUGGAGAAGGUACCUAUUGUUGAUGCUGCUAAGGGUAAUUGGAAGAAGGCCGAGGUUGAGGCCAAGAGUGAGACUGGUGAAGGCAAUGGAAACAAGCAAAGCCAUGAGGCCAAGAGUGGGAUUGUUGAAGCCUCUGGGAAUAAGAGUUAUUCUGGGAAGAUUGAACCUGAUGAGUCUGCAAGGUGUGUGGAACAAGGCCUUGUUGCUGAGGUUGUGGGAGGAGAGUCCAAGACGGACUCCGAAACUGAAAAGAUGCUGGAGAGUAUGAAGGAGCUCAACAAGAAGCUGAUGGAGAUGAUGUACAAAGGAAAACUGACUUGUGAGUAUGACAAGGAGAACAUGAAGAGCAAGACUAAGAGCAAUGAUGAUGAUGAUGAUGAUGAGGAGCCAUUGAAGGGAUGCAUGUCGUGGUUACUUUGAAUUCCAUACUGGAGCCUUUUGUAUCUCCUUAGCUACAAGGUUUUGGUCUGAAGGGAUAAUAAUUCUUUUGACUUUAUGUUAAUCGUAGUUGAUCGGAUAUCAGUUAGUUGAAUGAAAAAUCAAUAUGGCAACAUGAUAAGUGUAUGUAUGUGAACUGGACUCCUAGUUUAGUUUGGCAUAUGAGCUUCCCUUUUCUUUUUCUUUUUCUUUUGUAAUGAUAAAACAAGCUAUAGUUGGAUCUGCGGGUAUGUAGCUAAGAUGGCUCCUAGUGUAGCUUUCCUUUUCUUUUUA